CCGUAUACUGCAGUGAAUGAAAUCAAUGUACGACACAGCCAAACAAAGCUACUUCUACUUCUUUUAGUGCCCCAUGUCCCAUGAUAUGGGAUGACAUGGUACAAUGACCACAAUGGUCCAUAUUCUGCCAAUCCAUAUACAUUUUUGUAUUUGUUUUGAAUAAACAGCAGAUGCAUAUUUUCAUAUUUUGCGGUAAAACAGGGACCAUUUGUUAUUUAUCUUUUGUUCCUUGAUUGACACAGUUAUCUUGGAAGGGGGGUAGGCCAUGCUAUCAUGUGUUAAACUGGAGGCGAAGCAGUGCUUCGUUAAUCAAAUUCAAUCAUGACUAUAAGCGUUCCUUGGGUUCUUACUAAGCUUUGCGUUGUAUUUCAUUUUCAAAGGAAUGCCACCUCCAAGACGUUGCUGCAUACCAGUGUGCGAUAAUUCAAAAAAUGGCAACAGCAAACACAUUUUCCAUGCUGUAAAAAAUGGAUGGAAACCAAUGUUGAAAAAUCUUUAUGGAAUAAGCUGUAAUGGUGGCUCAAAAAUCUGCGAAAAACAUUUUGAGGCAAGCAUGUAUGCUAAUAUGAUGACUGGAUCCAAGCGUCUGCUAUCGACAGCAGUACCUAGUCUGCAGUUGCCACCUCCACUUGCCUUCAAUACAGUAGAUGUUGAGACGACAGCUAUGACCAUCGAUGAAUCCCCCUUUUAGUCAUAUUCUUCAUUAUUUGCAUUUAAAGUUAAAAACGCUGGUUCACUUAUGAAAACUCGGCUUAAGUGAAACAGGGUUUCCACCUUCGUCGGUAAGGACUGAUGU